AUGGCGAUCACCACUUUCUUGGCCAUCCUCAUGACGCUAUGUGCAGUGUCUAUUUUCUCUCUGUCUUCUCCUCCCGACAAUGCUGCGCUUGUCUUCACCGUAGACACACGUGGCAUGGGAAACUUUACUAGCGUCCAGAGAGCUGUUGACGCUGUCCCUAAGAUGAGCCUCUACAGAACUCUUAUCAUCGUAACUUCUGGUAUCUACAGGGAAAAGGUGACAGUUGGUGAAGACAAACCCAAUAUCGUGAUACAAGGAAAUGGAUAUCAAAGCACAUCAAUCGAGUGGAAUGAUACAGCGGCAUCUACAAACGGCACGUUUAAUACCUUCUCUUUCGUUGUAUAUGCCGACAAUUUUACGGCUUACAACAUAAGCUUCAAGAACACGGCGCCGGAGCCAAAGCCAGGAGGAGAAGGUGGACAGGCGGUGGCUGUGAGGAUCGAUGGAAACCAUGCCGCGUUUUACGGAUGCGGUUUCUACGGUUAUCAAGAUACACUUCUUGAUAACUUGGGCACACACUUUUUCAAGGACUGUUUUAUUCAAGGCUCCGUCGACUUCAUCUUCGGCAAUGGCAAAUCUCUAUACGCGGACUGUACGAUAAACUCCGUAGCAAAGGAGGUUACGUCCGGUAUCAGCGGAUACAUCACCGCUCAUGCAAGUAUUGCGCGAAACGAGAGCACGGGCUUUUCGUUUGUAAAUUGUAGAAUAGACGGGACGGGGAAAAUUCUACUCGGUCGGGCGUGGAGACCGUAUGCAACCGUCGUCUUCUCCAAAACGUACAUGUCUUCAGUCAUUUCUUCGGAUGGAUGGAAUGAUUGGGACGAUCCUUCUCGAGACAGGACGGUGUUUUUCGGAGAAUAUGCAAACUAUGGACCGGGAGCAGACCGGAGUGGAAGGGUCCCGUAUUCGAAGCAACUCACCGAAGUUGAAGCAUCCCUCUACAUGAAUUUGUCUUAUAUAGAUGGAGAUCAAUGGCUUCAUUCCAGAGGGUGACGGUGCCUACAUUGAUUCAUUGGUUCAAAACACUACAAGAGAUUGCUUCCAUGUAAAUGAUUCAAUAAUCAAAAGGUGUAU